AUCUUCCUCUAUACACUUAGGUGGUGUGUGGUGUAUGCAAUUUAGAGAACAGUGUGAUGUUUGUCUUGUGGCACAGUACUUGAACACUUUCAGAACCUCCUUCCAGAAAUACAGAUAGAGAUAAGUGGACAUGGAAUGUAUUGCUGAAGUAAAAGUUUUGCUGAAGCCUUUGAAUGAAGAAACUUGCCAUUUAAUGAUGGUUAUCUUCCUGAAUGGUUGACUAUCACUUGCAAAUGGAAGAUAUGGAUGUCACAGAAAGUUUUCUGAAUGAAUGUACAUGGAAUUUGCAGGCUAACAAUCAUCCUGAUGAUACACUUUAAAUCUUAAUACUUUAAAGGAAAACGGGAGCCCUUAAUCCUUGAAGCAGAUGUGAAUUUCGAAGAAGAUUGAGGUUACUAAUUCUGAAACAAACCAACUAACUAACCUGUCUAUACUAGACUACUGACUUCUGGGAUUUCCUGUUGGAUAAGGUUUAUUGUGAAGCAUACAUUCUGGAAAUACGUCAAUGACGCCCAAGAUUUGAGAAUGAGCCUCGUCGGGUAUGACAGUGAGACAGACAGUAUUAGCAGUGGCUGCUGUGCUGGAUUGUCUGGGGGCUGCGCUGCAUCAGAAAAAGCAGACCUGAAGAAUUAUAAUGGUAGUGCCACAUACCAAGAAAUUCCACAUUGCACAACUGAGAUGCAAGGCUAUGAUGUGGAAUUUGAGCCUCCGCUGGAAAGCAAGUAUGAAUGUCCCAUCUGUUUAAUGGCCCUGAGAGAAGCAGUGCAAACGCCAUGUGGCCACCGCUUCUGUAAAGGCUGUAUCCUGCAGUCUAUCAGGGAUGCAGGACAAAAGUGUCCAGUGGACAAUGAGAUACUCUUGGAAAAUCAGCUCUUUCCAGAUAAUUUUGCCAAGCGAGAAAUUUUAUCACUAACAGUUCGUUGUCCCAAUAAAGGCUGUGAGCAAAGGAUGGAGCUACGCAAACUGGAUACACACACAUCCCAGUGCUUGUAUGCUACAGUGCCAUGCAGAGACUGCAAUAAACAAGUGAGGAGGAGCCAUAUGAAUGAACAUAUGGCUAAUCAGUGUUUACGGCGGCUUAUCAUCUGCCCAAAUUGUGCAGGUUCCAUCAUUUUUGAGGAGGUAAAGACUCAUGAAGAAGAAUGCCCUUUAGCAAAUGUGAUGUGUGAAUACUGCAGUACUGAGCUAAUUCGAGAGCAGCUAAAAAGCCACUGUGAUAUGGAUUGCCCCAAAGCUCCUGUGCUAUGUACUUUUAGUUCCUUUGGAUGUCCAGAAAAGAUGCAGCGUGACAAGCUGGCACAGCACAUGCAGGAGUACACACAGAUGCACAUGCACUUCAUGGCAAUGUCUUUACGUAGUCUCAGCUUGACCACACCCAGCCACAUGGGACCAAUCCUACAAAGUGAUAGUUCCGAGUUUCAUUUUGAUCCAGCACCCCCUUUAACAGGGCCCUGCACCAUGGCAUCCCCCAUAUCUGCAAGUGGAGCAGCUGGUGGUCAAACCCCAUCCCACUGUGACUGUGACCAAAACCGGCAACAUCUUCAGGAGACUAUACAUCAGCUAGAAAGUCGACUUGUUAGGCAAGAUCACCAAAUCCGGGAACUGACAGCAAAGAUGGAAACGCAGAGUGGCCUGGUUGGUGAUUUGAAGAGACAAGUCCGUGUUUUGGAAGAAAAGGUGAAUGAGCUUGAGGCUCAGCAGUUCAAUGGCAUAUAUAUCUGGAAGAUUGAGAACUUCUCUGCAUUUCUCCGAACCCAAGAAGCUGACCAGCCUGUUGUGAUUCAUAGUCCAGGCUUCUACACAGGCCGGCCAGGCUACAAGCUUUGUCUGCGCCUUCACUUGCAAACGCCUAGUGUGCCACGAUGUGCCAAUUACAUUUCUCUCUUUGUGCACACCAUGCAGGGCAUAUAUGAUAGUCAGUUACCUUGGCCGUUCCAAGGUACAAUUCGCCUCUCUAUUUUAGACCAGACAGAGGGUCCUGUCCAACAAAACCAUGAGGAGGUGAUGGAAACAAAACCAGAUCUCUUAGCUUUCCAGCGCCCCAGUAUGCCACGCAAUCCUAAAGGUUUUGGCUAUGUUACGUUCAUGCACCUACAAGCUCUGAGGCAGAGAGAAUACAUACGAGAUGAUACUUUGCUGGUUCGUUGUGAUGUCACACCUCGUAUAGAUUUAAGCUGCAUUCGCAGAGAAGGCUUUCAGCCUAGAGGUUUAGAAUCCUCAAUGUAAACAUCUGACAAAAAUGAAAAACUGAUCAGUAAGUUGUAGCCAAGGCUUAUUCAUAUAUAAUAUACAUCUGUUUUGGAGCUGGUACAUUGCUGCAUUACUCCUGCCUGAAAACUGAAGUGGAUUGUCUGCUUUCAGCUUAGAUUGUAUUGUUUCAUUUUUUUAAGUUUUAAAUGUAUUUAACAUAUUUGAUUUACAUUUUAAUGUAAUACUUUGCAUUUAAAGAAAAGCAAAAUGGGAAGAUAGCAGGGCAGCUUGUAAAGACAUUCCAUAGAUCCUUCCUGAAUUAAAAUACAUGCAAAGAACAGUGUAUUGUAAAAAAAAAAAAAAAAAAAGUGAUAAAUUCAUCCACUAAUUAUGGGCACAGAAAUAGUGCCAAUUGUUUUUUUUUCCAUUCCAAGACAAUACUUUAUCUCACAGUGCUCAUGCUGUGGGUUGUUAAACUGAAUCUCUUCAUGGUAGUUUCAUUUUGUAAAUUGUCUGCUUAGCCAAAUGCAGUCUAACAAAGCCAUAACGCACACUGUAACACCUCAAAUGUGUAUUAGUGGUCAUCCAACUGUCUAUAUUAAGGUGUAAUAGCUAAACAUACACAUGCAGGUAUGUAAUGCAUUCAUAUACCACAGAAAUUCAGAUAGUAAAUAAAUUAAUUUUCAGGUGUUCAGUUAUUAAUCUGAUGGGUUGGCAAGCUAUACUGCUGUAUUUCAGGUAUGUGCCUUGUGCUAGUUGGAGUGAGGCAUGUUGCCCACCUCACUUAAGAGGACAUGACUACGCCACUUGUGGCUCUGGCAAUGCUAAGAAUGUCAUGACAUUUUUUUACUGCCUUCUGGCAUGUGAUUACUCUUCAUAUGUAAGUACAAUAAAAGGAAUAGCCUGCUCUUACAGUAUUUAUUUCUAUACAUUUUAUACAUCUUUUAGUAAUUUGUUUGACACCAGCUAUUUAUUAUCAAUAAAAAUGAUUCCGCUAAACCUU